AUGGAACAAUAUAAUAACACAGUGAUUGAGUUUAUUCUGGUGGGAUUCACAACAGACCCUGUUAUGCAACUGGUCCUAUUUGCCAUCUUCCUUGCUGUGUACACAUUAACUGUGGCAGGAAACAGCUCCCUCAUCAUGUUGAUCUGCAAUGACUCCCGGCUCCACACACCCAUGUAUUUCUUCAUUGGAAACCUAUCAUUCCUGGAUCUUGGGUUGACUUCUGUCUACACUCCAAAGAUCUUAGCAAUCUGCAUCUCCGAAGACAAGAGCAUCUCCUUUGCUGGCUGUGUGGCUCAGUUCUUCUUCUCUGCUGGACUUGGGUAUACUGAGUGUUACCUUUUGGCUGCCAUGGCUUAUGACCGCUAUAUAGCUAUUUCAAAGCCACUGCUUUAUUCACAAGCCAUGUCCUUAAAACUGUGUGUAUUUUUCGUGGGAGCCUGCUAUCUCGGUGGUUUAAUUAACUCUUUCAUCAUCACCAAAGACACUUUUGCCUUGACUUUCUGCAGUGACAACAUAAUUGAUGACUUCUUCUGUGAUAUCCCACCCCUGGUGAAACUGGCCUGUGGCAAGAAGGACAGCUUUCAGUCUGUGUUGUUCUUCCUCUUGGCUUCCAAUGUCAUCCUCCCCAUUGUGUUCAUUCUGGCCUCCUAUCUCUUCAUCAUUGCCACUAUCUUGAGGAUCCGCUCCACCCAGGGCCGCCUCAAGGCCUUCUCCACCUGCUCUUCCCACCUCAUGUCUGUGACCUUGUACUAUGGCUCCAUCCUCUACAUCUAUGCUCGUCCCCGGUCCAGCUACUCCCUGGAGAGGGACAAAAUUGUUUCAACCUUUUACACAGUGGUUUUCCCCAUGUUGAAUCCCUUGAUCUACAGCCUGAGGAAUAAGGAUGUGAAAGAGGCUGUGAAUAAAUUGUUGAAAUAA